AUGUAUGUUUUGAAAUUCGAGCAAGAGACUGCGAAUUUGAAACUGUUAACGCAAAGAUCGAAUGACGAGUUGCAUACCUUCAAAGUGAAAUUUGAGCAUGCGUCACAAGAAAUAGAUGUCCUAAAAAAUUUGAAAAGUUCACUUAUCAGUCAAAAUGAAGCUAAGGACGACGAAAUCUGUGCGUUGAAGACAGAAAUUGAAGAAAAAGAUUCAUUGAAUCGAACUCUUGAUCAAAAGUUCAGCAAACUAAUGGAGGAUACCCGACAUUUACAUCAUGAAAUGGAAUUGAUUGAAAGGGAACACAAUGCUUUGAAAUAUGAGAUCACAGAGAAAAACCAAGCUAUAGACGCGCUUGAGCUUUUGCGAGGAGAACUUGAGCAUAAAUGUCUCUGUCACCAAGAAGAAGCUGAGAGCAACAAGAGUAGUGCCUUAAAAUUCGAGAACGAAUCCAAGAGACUUGAUUCGAUUUUAAUGGAAGCCAAUGCACAACUUCAUGAUCUCAAAUCACAAUCCAAGGAGAAGGACUCAAUCAUAAGUGGUGAUACUCAGAAAUUGGCCGAGCUUAAUGCACAAGUCAAUGCGCAGAAGAAAAUGAUUUCGGAUUUGAAAGCCGAAGUUCUUCGGACGAAUACGGGCCAUGAGCACUCCGAGGCUGAAUUGAUCCACGAAGUUGAAACCUUGAAAGCUCAAAUUUUUGCUGCUCAACAAAAGAGCGAUGAAAGGAUUCAAGAAAUCGCAGAACAAUUAUACCACCAAUACUCGAAAAAACAUGAAGUUAAAGUUGGCCAAUUGCGCAAAAAUUACGAAUUUAAGAUCAAAGAGAUGAAAGAAGUCUCCGAGGAGUCUGAGAAGCGAAUUGAAAAUUUGGAAAGUCAAUUGCAAAUCGAAGUUAAAGAAAAAGAUUAUCUUUUGAGUGUUCUCGAAAAAGUGAAAGAGAACGCGUAA